GCUUGGAAGCAAAGUCUAUCAGAGGCUAAAGCUUGAAGCCUUGGCAUCAUUCAGGAAACACUCAUUGGCCGGCGCCACAUUCUUCAUUCCCUUUUGCAGUUCCUUGGCUUUGCUUCGAAGCGAUUAUGCAGCAAAACGAUGAGUAUAUAUAUACAUGCAUAGCAUAGUGAUCAUAUCGAACACUGAGCAGUGAGCACUGAUCAAAAUGGCUUCUUCUGCUCAUGUGAUGAGCAAGCUCUCCCUCGCUGUCGUCCUCCUCAUGUGCGCCGGCGCGUGCCUGGUGGAGGCCCUCCCCCACAGAGACUUCUCCAUCGUGGGCUACUCGCCGGAUGACUUGGCCAGCCAUGACAGGCUGAUCAAGCUGUUCGAGGAGUGGGUGGCCAAGUACCGGAAGGCGUACGCGAGCUUCGAGGAGAAGCUGCGGCGCUUCGAGGUGUUCGAGGACAACCUCAAGCACAUCGACGAGAUCAACAAGAAGGUGAGCAGCUACUGGCUGGGGCUGAACGAGUUCGCCGACCUCACGCACGACGAGUUCAAGGCCACCUACCUGGGCCUCCGUCCCAGCAGCAGCAGCAGGGACGUCGACGGCGAAGCCGAAGGCAGCUUCAGGUACGAGGGCGUGAGAGCGGACAAGGUGCCCAAGGCGGUGGACUGGAGGAAGAAGGGCGCUGUGACGGAGGUGAAGAACCAGGGGCAGUGCGGCAGCUGCUGGGCCUUCUCGACGGUGGCAGCGGUUGAGGGCAUCAACCAGAUCGUGACGGGGAACCUGACGUCGUUGUCGGAGCAGGAGCUGAUCGACUGCAGCACCGACGGGAACAACGGCUGCAACGGUGGGAUCAUGGACUACGCCUUCUCCUACAUCGCCGGCAGCGGCGGCCUGCACACGGAGGAGGCGUACCCUUACCUCAUGGAGGAGGGCGACUGCGGCCAGAAGGCCGGCAGCGGGCAGGUGGUCACCAUCUCCGGGUACGAGGACGUGCCGGCCAACGACGAGCAGGGGCUGAUCAAGGCGCUCGCGCACCAGCCCGUCAGCGUCGCCAUCGAGGCCUCCGGCAGGCACUUCCAGUUCUACAGCGGGGGCGUGUUUGAUGGUCCGUGCGGCGCGGAGCUGGAUCACGGCGUGGCGGCCGUGGGAUACGGGACGAGCAAGGGCCAGGAUUACAUCAUCGUGAAGAACUCGUGGGGCUCGCACUGGGGCGAGAAGGGGUACAUCCGCAUGAAGAGGGGCACCGGCAAGCCCGAGGGCCUCUGCGGCAUCAACAAGAUGGCCUCCUACCCCACCAAGGACCCAAAUAAAACCUUCAAACUUUCUCUUUGAUCAGUCAACUCGAAUCUAUAUUAAGCCCCCUUUUCUUGUGUUUUUCUUUGAUCGUGCAUGCUUUCUCGAUCGAUCGAGUACAGAAAACAAAGCAGGGCACGAGCUGUGUUUGUGUUUUCUGAAUCGAUGGAUGGAAUAAUAAAUAUUUGAAGUUUCUCCCGUA